AUGGUUGCCGUGUUAAGGGUUCCCUUGUUGAGAAAGGCUUUUUGUCUCCGGGCCUGCAGCACCAAUGCGGCUCAAGCCGCCACCAACCUGGCACCAGGUGUAAGGCCGGUGGAACGUAUCAGGAAUAUCGGUAUUUCGGCGCAUAUUGAUUCUGGCAAAACUACCUUAACAGAACGGAUUCUUUUCUAUGCUGGAAGAAUCGACUCCAUGCAUGAAGUUCGCGGUAAAGAUGAAGUUGGUGCCACCAUGGACUUCAUGGAAUUGGAACGGCAACGUGGUAUCACUAUUCAGUCGGCGGCCACCUACGUUGAUUGGCAUGGGACAAAUAUCAACAUCAUUGACACUCCUGGUCACGUUGAUUUUACUGUAGAAGUGGAACGUGCUCUACGUGUCCUUGAUGGUGCUGUGCUGGUUCUCUGCGGAGUUGGCGGGGUACAAUCACAGACAUUCACCGUCAACAGACAGCUGAGCAGGUACAACGUGCCUUUUAUCUGUUUCGUAAACAAAAUGGAUCGUACGGGUGCCACUCCACUUCGUGCCCUAGAUGGUCUCCGCAACAAGCUGAAACACAAUGCGGCUCUCAUCCACCUCCCUAUUGGAAAGGAUUCUGGCUUCCGAGGAAUUGUGGAUUUGAUCGAGGAGCGAGCCAUGUACUAUGAAGGAGAUGAAGGUCUCACUGUGAGGGUGGAUGAUGUACCUCAAGACAUGCGAGCACAAGUGAAGGAUUUUAGGCAGGAACUGAUCGUUCUUACUGGAUCAGCUCUGAAGAACAAAGGUGUACAAACAAUGAUUGAUUCAGUAGUGCGUUAUCUUCCCAAUCCCAGCGAAGUAGCUGGGAAGUACGGACAGCUCACUUAUUUCCGUGUGUAUCAAGGCCAACUAAAUAAGGGUGACACUAUUUAUGCUUCCAAAGAUGGUCGUCGAGUCCGAGUACAGCGAUUAGUUCGAAUGCAUGCUGCUGAAAUGGAGGAAAUUUAA